AUGGCCACCUGCGGCGGCGCCAGCGAGACGGCCGUCGGCGCCGGGGAGGAGAACGCGAGCGCUUCCAGGAUCCCCACCCGCAGGUUCUUCGUGGCGCUGCACGUGGGCGCCGGCUUCCACGCGCCGGCGAACGAGAAGGCGUACCGCAGGGCCAUGAAGCGCGCCUGCCUCGCCGCUGCGGCCGUUCUCCGCGAGGGCAGUGGCAUAAGCCUGGAUGCUGUUGCAGCUGCCAUUCAAGUUUUGGAGGAUGAUCCCGUCACAAAUGCUGGCCGGGGUUCAAAUUUGACUGAGAGUGGUCAUGUGGAAUGCGAUGCAAGCAUCAUGGAUGGAAGUACUGGUUUUUUUGGAGCUGUUGGAGCUAUUCGAGAUGUAAAGAAUCCAAUCCAAGUCGCUUUGCACCUGGCAAAGGAACAAAUGGCAGGAUCGUCAUUGCUUGGUCGGAUACCCCCCAUGUUUCUGGUUGGUGAAGGAGCAUAUCAAUGGGCAAAAUCUAAAGGAAUGGACCUAGUUGAAUCUGCAUCGGGGGCUAAUAAUUGGUUGGUGACUGAGAAUGCAAGAGCGCAGUGGGUGAAAUACACAUCAUUGCUUGUUAAUACCAAGAAAUUAUUAGAGCAUAACACUGGUUCUGCUUCAGAACAUUCAGUACAGUUGGAAGCACCAGGAACUGAAUCUGAGAAUAUUGCUGAUGUAAAGAAGAUAUUAACAGAGUCAUUCAUGGAAGACAAUACAGAUUGCGUAAUGGACACUGUUGGUGUCAUUUGUGUAGAUAGCUACGGAAAUGUAGCAUCAGGUGCAUCUAGUGGUGGUAUUGCCCUGAAGGUAGAUGGCCGGGUUGGGUUGGCAGCUAUGUAUGGAUCUGGGUGCUGGGCUUCGUCCAAAGGACCCUUUGGUACACCAUUCUUGGUUGGUUGUUGUGCAACUGGAGCUGGAGAACACUUGAUUAGAGGAUUUGCUGCCCGUGAAUGUUGCAUCUCAUCAUCGUUGUCACAAUCUGGUCCUGCUUCUGCAUGCACUAAAGUUCUCCGCUCUGUGGUUCAAAGCAGCAGCAAGAUGUCUCAUGACACAGGCGCUGGGUUGUUGCUAGUUCAGGCUGAUGUUCUAAAGGGAGGGGAUUUGUCUGAACUGGAAGCCGCUGAGCUGGUUGCUGCCUAUUCCUCGCCAUCAUUUGGUGUUGGUUAUUUCGGAAGCAAUAUGAAUAAUCCUAAGGUUCUGAUGCUUAAAACACCAGAAGGUCCAUCCAAAACGGUCAACCAGUUCGCGACCUGCGUCAAGUUUGAUAGAGAAUCAUCUGAACAAUGA